UCCUGUGGGGCUGCAGUGGGAUGGCAGCAGGCAGCUGCGGGGCUGACACGUAUCUGAAGUUAAAGGUGCUCUGGAGGCCGCGUCGAGGACUUGAAGUGUCUUUAUUAUUUGUCUCCAUUGUCUUGUUUGAACAACGUCGGGGGAAGUGAGGGUGUGGCAGCGGGGACAGAGGAGCCGUCGGCCCCGGGGUGAGCCGCGUUAGAGCCGCCGAAGUUUGACGUGAAGUCUUGAGAAAAUCUGAGCGGCUACUUUGAAGUUCCAGGAGAGGGUCGACAAGCGGAGGAAAGUAUGUCCACCGGGGGGAAUACCACCGUGUAACCCGUAUUGUUUCGGCCCGGGAAUGCUGUGGAAGUGAGGGGAGGGGUGGGUGGGCUCGUUCCAGUCUUCACCGGGAGGUAAAGAGAAGGGAAAAAAAAGAGGAAAAAGUUGAGUCGGGAAGUUUCCAGCAGCGGAGACGGAGCCUUCUCUCGCAGACAGCGGGGAGCGGGUCCAACAUGGGGAACGGGGUUUGCUCCCGGCGGCAGCGCAGGAUCUUCCAGUGCCUGCUGGUGCUCACGGUCGUCUGCGGGAUGAUGUACGGGGGCAUGAUGUCCUAUGAGGUGCACAAGCAGCUGAGGAGGACCGAGGCGACGGCGCUGAAGUACCAGCAGCAUCAGGAGUCCCUGUCGGCUCAGCUCCAAGUGGUGUAUGAGCAUCGCUCCCGGUUGGAGAAGUCUCUGCAGAAGGAGAGGUUAGACCAUAAAAAGGCCAAAGAAGAUUAUCUGGUUUAUAAACUCGAUGCACAACAGUCACUGAACAAGGAGAAGCAAGACUCCGGCAGCAGAUUAAAUUCUUUACAAGUGCAACAUCAGAUGUUAAAGAGCCAGCAUGAAGACCUGAAGAAGCUGUACUACGACCUGCAGGAGCAGCACCAAACACAGGGUGAGGACCACGGCCGACUGCUGGAUGAACACAAGGAUCGCUACGAGAAGCUGCAGCAAAUCAAAGACGGGGAAGUCUCCCAGCUCAAAGAUAAUAAUUUUAACCUGAGAGAGGAGAACAAACAGCUGAGGAAAGCCCACCAUGAAAUUCAUGUACAGCUACAGGACGUUCAGGUUCAGCAUCAAGACUUGAAGGCAGUGCACAACCAGCUGUCACUGACACUAGAAGACCACAAGAGUGCGCUGGCUGCAGCUCAGGUGCAGGUGGAUGAGCUCAAGCAGCUAAAGGAAACCCUCCACAGGGCUCCCGUCCCGAGGCAACCUGAGCAAAACCCCGUCCCCCAGGAACUACAAGCAGAUGCACCCAAAUCCCACAUCUAUCAAGAGCAGCAGGCUGUGAUACAAGAAAAGGAGCCAGCCCCAGAAAAUCACCAGUUGGGUCAGCAAGUGGUGGCAGUGCACUCCCAGUCCGAAACCAAGCUCAGCCCCACUGUACCUCAAAUUACCUUGUCAGAAAGAGAGGAGGAUGAUGGAGAGGGAGAGGCGGAGAGGAAGAGGGAACUGGCGGAGGAGGAGAUGGCUCAAGCAGGACAGCCUCAGAAGCUGGAGGAGGACCCGGACCAUCCACAGGAUGAGCAGCAGCAGGAGGAAGAGGAGGGAGAGGAUCCGGAACAGGAACAGCCAGAUGAGAACGCAUUGGACCAACUGAGACAUCAGCCACAACCGGAUCCCCAUGCAGAGGUGCACCAGGAGGACCAGCUGCAGCACGAGGCGCACGCCCAGGUGGAGCACGUGAAGUCAGCGUAUGAACAGCAGCAGGAGCAGCAGCGCCUAGAGGCUCAGAGGGCAGCGGAGAGCAGGCAGAUCCAUGUGCGACAGGAGGCCCUGCGAGUGCAGAGGAAGAAGGUGAUGAUGGAGAGGGAGCAGCGGCUGAAGGAAGAGCAGGAUAGGGAGCAUCAGCAGCACAAAGAGGCCGACAGGCGGGAGCAGCUGCUGAGAGAGGAGCACCAAAGGAAGAAGACAGAGUAUGAGAACAUGAACAAUGACAUCGUCGAAGGAGAAGAAGAUGGUCACACUGAUGACGAAGACGAGGGAGAUCCUCAUAAGCUAAAUGAGGGGGAGGAAAAAGAAGGAGAAGAUCAAAGAGUGCCAUCACAACAGGGUGAUGUAGAUGGUGAGCUUGACCCCAAUGAGGACCCCAACAACCAGGGCGAAGAUGAGUUUGAAGAGGCCGGUGAUGAUCAGCCUCAGCACAGGGUGACAGAGGAGGAAGAGGAGGUGGUAGACGAGGAAGAGGAGCCGGCAGCACCAGCACAGCACAUAGACGCACACCCCGUCCCUCGACAGCCGGCUGUGGAGGAGGAACUGGUGAUGGCUGGAAACCCAGAUCAACAGGAAGACACGUUGGAUGACCAGUACCAGGAGGAAGUAGAGGAUGAGGUGGGUAAUACAAACAGUCAGGUGUGCAUUUUACAUAUUGACAGAAGCAACAGAUGAGAGAGAGAAAAUAACAAAUGACAAGCAGGAAAAGGCAGAUUUUACACCAAACUCUACACAAAUGGGUGUAACAGGUCUCAUUCCUUACUCCUAAAAUCAGUCAAGCAUUGAACUCUCUCUCUUGUUGCUGCUGCUCUAAAGGCUCCGGAGGACAUCGCCGGUGGGCAGAAGAGAGAAGAGGAGGGGGAAGAUGAAGGAGAGGAUCCCUAUAACGAGGAGAACAUAGAUCAAGAGGAAGUGAAACACCAGGAGGGUCCGAGAAACGAGGGGAAUCACAGAAAAGGCAGAGAGAACAACGAGGAAGAGAAUUACGAAGAGGAAGAGGAGGAGGUCGACGAGGAGAUGGCCGGUCGAGACAAGGGAACCAAUCGGAGGGCGGAGAUGUAGGGACAGACGCAGACUUGAACCAGCUGCAGUGCCUUUUCUGAACGCCAGUACAGCCUAUCAGGUCUGUCCUUCUCUUGUUUCUCAAAGGAAUAAUCGCAGCAAUUCAGACAGAAUCCCACUUAGGAAAACUGGGAUUUUGUGCCCGGAGGACGGGAGGCGAUUCCAAACACUGUGGGGCUGGAACUGAUCAGCUCAUACUGUGGAAACGGACAGAAUCUUUUGGACGGAAAUUGGAUGUAUACUGAAUAUGUUUUCCCUUCUUCUCUGUCUUCUCACCCGUCUUCCUGAUCGCCUGUCUGGUUCUGUGACAGACAGAGAAUGUAUUUUUAUCACGUGCUGUCUUUUGUAUAAAGAAACCAAAACAAAACCAUGUUAUUCUAAUGCCCUCAUGGUCAGGCUUUUAUACUUGUUUUAGCUCAGAUUUUAUUUCCUUUCAUUCCAGUCGAUCGAGUCAUUUCCUGUUAUUUAUUGUUCAUCGUAACUCUGACAAUCGCGAGAUGUUUCCCCCCUGCCUGAAGGGCUUUUAUCGACUUCUUGAUGCUUGAACGUUUCCACUGGAUAUUUCAGACAUUUCUGGUGAAGCCAUUUUGUGUCGCUCUGACAUGUAAGUGCCUUUCCAUUCUGGGAAACUCUUCUUGGUGUUUUUACAUUUUUACAUUUGUUAAAUCAUUUCAAUAGGAAAGCCAGUUAGUGCUGAUUGCUUCAGCGUGGCCUUAAAGGAGCAGGGGAGCUGUUUCAUGUCGACUGCUGGUGUGAAUAUAAUUCACAAAAUCUGGUGCAAUGUAAUGCAACACCUUUAGUCUACUGUACAAUGUAUAGUAAAACAAAUGCUGACAAUUUGUACGUUUUUUUCUGACAGUUACAUUUGAUACAAAGUGGUGGGAUUGUAUGAAAUCAUGUUUGUCACCUGGAUGGUGAGUGGAAUAAAGAGGCAGAAGGAUGUCAGGUAA